AUGUCUUUGACGUCAAAAUCCAGCCGCCUCAAUAUUUCAAAGGUUUUUUCAAUCCUUAUUCUGGUGGGAGUCCUUUGUCUCCCAUCAGCAGAAAGCAGAAAUGUGAAGGUUUUAAAGAUAAAAACCUCAAUCGAGUAUCCUGCCAUAAGUUGUCGAAAGCACAGUGCAGUUUUGACAGAAUUUGGAGGAGUAGGCGACGGAAAAACAUUAAAUACAAAGGCAUUUAAAUCUGCCAUUGCCAAUCUAAGCCAGUAUGCAUCAGAUGGUGGUGCUCAGCUCAUCGUACCACCCGGGAAAUGGUUAACUGGAAGCUUCAAUCUCACCAGCCAUUUUACCCUUUUUCUACACAAGGGUGCUGUUCUUCUCGCUUCUCAGAAUGAGGAAGAUUUUCCUCUGAUCGAUAUAUUACCCUCUUAUGGGAGAGAGCAAAAUUUUACCGAUGGAAGAUACGCCAGCCUCAUUCUUGGAAUGAACCUCACUGACGUUGUAAUUACCGGAAACAAUGGCACAAUCGACGGCCAGGGUGCUCCUUGGUGGAACAAGUUUGCCAAGGGUCUUCUCAAGGCAACAAGACCAUUCCUGAUUGAGAUCCUGCACACUACUCAGCUCCAAAUAACAAAUAUCACUUUAACCAAUUCUCCAUCUUGGCAUAUCCAUCCUAUUUACUGCAGUAAUGUGGUGAUCCAAGGACUGACGAUUCUUGCUCCUGUUAAAGUCCCUAAUACUGAUGGGAUUAACCCAGAUUCAUGUAUAAAUAUGAGGAUAGAAGACGUUUACAUUGUCUCUGGCGAUGACUGCAUUGCUAUUAAAAGUGGAUGGGAUCAAUAUGGAAUUAAAUAUGGAAUGCCCACAAAACAACUGGUCAUAAGAAGGCUAACUUGUAUUUCCCCCAAAAGCGCCACCAUAGCCAUUGGAAGCGAGAUGUCUGGUGGAAUUCAAGAUGUUAGAGCAGAGGAUAUCACAGCCUUCAAUACCGAAUCUGCUGUCAGAAUCAAAACAGCGCCUGGAAGAGGAGGCUAUAUUAAAGACAUAUUUGUAAGAAGGAUGACCUUGAAAACCAUGAAGUAUGUUUUCUGGGUUUCAGGUGCUUAUAAGACGCACGUGGAUGAUGGGUAUGAUCCAAAUGCACUUGCAGAGAUUAACAACGUGAAUUACAUGGAUGUUGUAGCAGAGAAUGUGAACAUCACAGGAUCACUUAGUGGAUUUGCAAAGGAUCCUUUUACUGGAUUCUGCAUUUCAAAUGCAACUAUAACAUUGAGUGAAACUGCUAAAAAGCUGCAAUGGAACUGCACUGACGUACAGGGAGUUUCAAACAAUGUGACUCCUAAGCCUUGUGAUUUAUUGCCCCAAAAGGACACUCGUUGCUCUUUCCCUGAGGAGAAGCUACCGAUUGAAACCAUUCGUAUGAAUACUUGUUCUGUGAAAUGGUUUUAG